UUACCCUCCGCGAAGCCACCUCUUCUCGUUCUCAUCGGAGCAUAGGAGCAACUCCGAUGGGGGAGGGUUAGGGGUUAGUGGAGGAGAUGACUUCUCUCUUCUUCCUGUUGGAUUUCUCAAACCCUAACCAUGGCCCUCGCCAGCCCUAAUUCCUUUCUCUCCAAGCCCCCAUCCGCACCUCUUCUCUGCUUCUCUUCCCACUCCCUCCUGCGCUGCCGCGCCGCGGCGGACGCCUCCGACGCCGCUGCCACCUCAUCGGAUUGGUUCCGACCCCGGCGCGACCCGCCUGAUGGAGGAAGAAUGGCCGCUCGGGACCCCGGGAUUCGGGUUAACGCCAAGGAGGAGGGCAAGAGCCAGAACAACGACGGCAAGAAGAAGAAGAAGAAGUGGUGGUGGUGGUCUCGGGACAGGGAGAGCUACCUGGCCGACGAUUCCGACGCCCUGCCGCUGCCGAUGACCUACCCGGAUUCGUCCCCUGUGUCGCAGCAGGAGAUCGACCGCCGGCUCCAAUGUGAUCCCGAUGUCCAGGAUUGUAAACCUAUGGUGUACGAAUGGACGGGGAAGUGUAGGAGUUGCCAGGGGACGGGGUUCGUUAGCUACUACAACAAAAAGGGGCGUGAGACGAUCUGCAAAUGCAUUCCUUGCCUUGGAAUCGGAUAUGUCCAGAAAAUAACAGCUCGGGAGGACAUCGAUGUGAUGGAAGAUUUGGACAAUGGUAAACCACCUUAAUCCAUUGCCUUAUGUUGCCAUGGCAGCAGCAUUUCUUGUUUACAAUGAUGAGUAAUUUUUCAUCAAUGAUCUUUAAGAUUCCUUUAUGAAUUGGGUGUAGAAGCAUUAUUCACGUUUAUUAAUGAGAUUCCCAUGUAUCUUCCACAACAGGCAUAUUAGAGUUAUAUAUAUAUAU